AUUCUAAAGGAUUUGAGCCUAACUAUAGAACCAGGACAAAAUGUGGCUCUUGUUGGGCCCAGUGGAUGUGGAAAGUCUACCACUGUACAACUUGUGCAAAGAUUCUAUGAUACUGAUGGAGGCACAGUCGUCAUUGAUGGACACAACAUCAAAGACAUCAACCUCAAGUGGCUUCGUGAACAAAUUGGUGUCGUCAGCCAGGAGCCUGUGUUGUUUGAUACUUCCAUUGAGGAGAAUAUUCGUUUUGGCAAGCUCGAUGCCACAGAGAGGGACAUUCAGGCAGCAGCAAAGGAAGCUAAUGCUCAUGACUUCAUCAAAGCACUUCCUGAGGGCUACAAAACAAAUGUUGGAGAGAGAGGAGCACAGUUGAGCGGUGGCCAGAAGCAGAGAAUAUCGAUUGCCAGAGCUUUGGUUCGAAAUCCUAAAAUUCUGCUACUGGAUGAAGCCACGUCUGCCCUGGACCAUGAGAGUGAAGCAGUUGUACAGGAUGCUCUUGAAAAAGCUGGGAAAGGUAGAACAACAAUCACCAUUGCUCAUCGCCUGUCUACAAUCAAACACGCAGAUAAAAUUGUGGCUAUCAGUGAUGGCAGGAUUGCUGAACAGGGAACUCAUGAGGAACUUAUGCGGAAAGAAGGAUUGUACUAUCAACUUGUGCAAAUACAGACCAGACUCAGCAAGGAAUCAGAAAUGGAUAUGGCUGAUGUUGAGAUUGUAGAGGAAGAUGAGGAUGACGUGCUAGAUGCAGAUGAACUUUUACGUGCUUCUUUCAAAAGAGCUGUUUCUGUUCAGUCCACAAAGUCAACAGAAAAGGAAGUGAGCCUUGUUGCUAGGGCCAGUCUGCGUAGGAGGAAUAAAAAGCUUCGUAAAGAAGAAAAGGAAGUGUCUGAUGCAACCGCAGAGGAUGUCAAAUUGUCUGAAAUCAUGCACUACAAUGCGCCAGAGUGGCCUCUCAUUGUGUUUGGCUGUUUUGGUUCUAUUGUUGCUGGAGGUGUUCACCCAGCAUUCUCUUUCCUGCUCAGUGAAUUUAUUAAGAUCUUCAGUAUAAGAGAUCGAAGUGAACAAUGGGAACAAGUUCAUAUUCUAGCUGGAUCUGUGAUUGGAGUGGCUGUUAUUUCUGCCAUUGUUCGAAUGAUGCAGGGAUACUGCUUUAGCAAAUCAGGAGCAUAUCUGACUGCUCGACUACGGAAGCUGACUUUCACAUCAAUGGUUAAUCAGGACAUGGAGUAUUUUGAUCUACCCAACAACCAAGUUGGAGCUCUUACAACCCGAUUGGCUGGUGAUGCAUCCAUGGUCCAGGGGGCUACAGGAUCCAAAGUUGGGCAGAUUCUGGAAGCAGCAUCAACACUAGGUACGGCAAUCGUGAUAGCUUUUGUGUAUGGCUGGAAGCUAGCAUUUGUGGUUAUCUCAUUUAUGCCAGUGAUGAUUGCCGCAGGUGUGGUCCAAGGUCAAGUUAUUGCAGGUGCAGCCAAAAAGGACAGGGCACAAUUACAACAGGCAGGGAGAAUAUGUUCAGAAGUUGUAGAUGGAAUCCGUACGGUCGUGUCACUGAGCCGGGAACCACACUUCAUUAAAUUGUUUGAUGAGCUCAUUGACUUUACAAAAUCGUCAAACAAGAAAAUGUCUAUAAUAUUUGGAAUUACUUAUGGAAUUUCAAACUGCAUCAUCUUCUUUGCAUAUGCUGUGGCAUUUUAUUAUGGAUCUACCCUAGUGCAGGAAGGGGAGAUGGAGUUCUAUGAAGUUUUCAGAGUUUUUUCAGCCAUCAUAUUUGGGGGGAUGGUGGUCGGUCGACAGUCAUCUUUUGGUGUGGAUUACACAAAAGCUAAACUGGCAGCUGCUCGAAUCAUUGCGCUGAUUAACAGGAAACCCAAAAUUGAUGUCAGAGAGGAAAGUGGACAGACACUUGCUGACUUCAAGGGCAGUAUCAAUGUAACAAAUGUCACAUUCAGAUACCCUACUCGUCCCAAUACCACCGUUCUUGAUGGCAUGAAUUUGGUUAUAAACCCAGGAGAGACUGUGGCCCUUGUUGGUUCCAGUGGUUGUGGAAAGAGCACCACUACACAGCUUGUAGAGAGAUUUUAUGACGCACACUCUGGUGCUUUGCUAGCAGAUGGUCAAGAUAUUCGGCAGCUGAACUUGAAAUGGUAUCGACGACAGCUGGGAAUUGUAUCUCAGGAACCCACACUGUUUGACUGCAGUAUCGCAGAGAAUAUUGCCUAUGGUGACACCUCUCGAGUUGUUUCAAUGCCAGAGAUCAUUCAAGCAGCAAAAGAUGCCAACAUCCAUACUUUUGUUUCAAAUCUACCUCAGGGAUAUGACACAAAUGUUGGGGACAAAGGGGCACAGCUGAGUGGGGGGCAGAAGCAGAGAAUUGCUAUUGCCAGGGCUCUGGUGAGGAACCCAAAAGUUCUACUACUCGACGAAGCCACAUCAGCGCUGGACUCUGAAAGUGAAAAGAUUGUCCAAGAAGCUUUAGACAAAGCAAGUAAGAACAGAACCUGCAUUACCAUUGCUCAUCGACUGUCCACCAUUCAGAAUGCAGACAAAAUUGCUGUAGUCAGUAAGGGAAAAGUAAUUGAAAUUGGCACACACUCUCAGCUACUGGUCAGCAAGGGAGCUUACUACAAACUUUUGCAAGCUCAGAAUCGACCCCAUAAAGGUCACCAAGAAUGA